AUGGAAGGCAUGGGGUGGAGAGUGAUGGAGAAAGGUUGGAGGAAGGGACCUUGGACACCCAUGGAGGAUAAGUUGCUUAUGGAAUAUGUUGCAUUGCACGGGGAGGGAAGAUGGAGCUCGGUAGCUGGUUGCUCAGGAUUAAAGAGGAACGCGAAGAGUUGUAGGUUACGAUGGGUGAACUACUUAAGGCCAGGCCUUAAGAAAAGCCAAUUAUCGCCUCAAGAGGAAGGGAUCAUUAUCGAACUUCAUGCUUUAUGGGGAAACAGAUGGUCCAAAAUAGCUAGAUACUUACCAGGAAGAACAGACAAUGAAAUAAAGAACUACUGGCGAACCCAUUUCAAGAAGAAAGGAAAGCCGUUGCAGAACGAAAACAAGCAAAAAUAUGAAGCUCAGUUUAACUACAACCAAGACCUACAAGUUCAAGGAACAAUGAACUAUUCCACAUCAUCAUGUGAAUCAGAAGUGCAUCCAACACCAGCCACAAUGCAAGAAACUACUGCUGGCACAGGCUCGAUGGUUACUGACUGGCAGCAGCAACAAAACCCGUGUAUGAUGGCUCAAGAUGUUGCAAGGUGGUGGGAAAUCAUAUCAGAAGAUGGCUUAUGGGAUGACUUCAUGUGGAAUCUGGAUCAUGAUUAUCCAAACCAAGCUGUGAUGGAACAAUCAUUUGGUCCCUGUUUUUGACUCG